AUGCUUGUCGAGAGAGAAUUAUCUGAUAUCAAUGACCCGCCUAUCCUUGGGAGAAUCAAACAAAACAAAGAGUUUACUUCAUUUGUAGCAGCAUCAUUAAAAAGACUGAAAUUACCACCCGAUACAAUCACAGAGCAAGAAGCAAGAGAUCAUUACCUAAAGGCAAAAGAAAAGCAGGCUGAUAAACAGUUUGUUACCCUUUGGACUUUGAGAGCUUUGUUAGCAUCUAUUGUUGAAAGCAUUAUCCUUGUGGAUAGAUGGCUAUACCUUGAAGAAUCUGUCAGUUCAUUGGAGAAUAGUCAACAUAAGGGAGUAUGGGCAUAUCCACUGUUUGAUCAAGUAGCAUCACCAAGAAAUGUAGUUUAUGUAGCUUCGAAAUAA